UCCUGGAUCCUCGCUGCCAACUCUGUGUGUUUAUGGGGAAAACAGACCCGCAGGCUCCUAGGCACCAGCAGCAGUCCGUGAUCUUGGUUCCCAUGGAUACCCCCGGGAUACAGGUCAUCCGGCCUCUGACAGUGUAUGGGCUCGAUGAUGCUCCAGGUGGCCAUGGUGAAGUCCUAUUUGAGCGUGUGCGUGUGCCCAAGGAGAACAUAGUCCUGGGCCCUGGCCGUGGCUUUGAGAUCGCCCAGGGCAGGCUGGGGCCUGGCCGGAUCCAUCACUGCAUGAGGCUGAUCGGGUUCUCAGAGAGGGCCCUGGCUCUCAUGAAAGCCCGCGUGAGUACCCCUUGCCCGCCUUUUCUGAGAGCAGACUAACCAUUGGAGCCAGGUGAUGAUGUGCUUCCCAGCAGCUGGGUCCUCAGCUUGCCUCUGCAUCUGCUGCUUUGCCACUCAGAGCAGAAAGGCCCCACUCUGUCCAGGCGACCAGACGGAAAGCCAGGCUCUGUGGCAGCUAAUGGAGAGGUUCUCAGCCCCAAAGAGUCACAGCCUGCUCAGAGCCGUUUGUAUUCCUCCUGGUACAUGGCUGAAACUGAUGCCAAACUGGGUGCCAGUGGCUCACACCUAUAAUCCUAGCUACUCAGGAGACUGAGGUCUGGAGGAUCGAGGUUCAGUGUUAGCCGAAGGCAAAACGUCUGUGAGAAUCCAUCUUCCAAGUAACCAGCAUACUUAUAGGCCAAGGGCAUGGAUCAAAUGGUAGAAUGCCAGCUAAGGCAAGUGCAAGACCCUGAGUUAAACCACAGUACUGGCAAACAAUCAAAACCCAAUGCCAGGGUAAACCCAUCUUGCUUGCUUCUUUACCUGCAUCUGGAUUCCAGCAUCUGGCCCUGGACUGCCCUCCUACUUCCAGCAUGUUCCAAAAACAUAAUGUGCUGUGGCCCUCGGAGGCUGGAAGUCUAUGCAAGGGAGAGUUAUUGCUAAGGAUAAGAGUU